ACUCAACGCCGCCCGCCCCCUCAGUGUGGCCGCGUGGGUAGUGUAGUCCCAACGACCAACCUGAUACACUGCUCGUCUCCUCGGCGAGCGACACGCUCGGAUCGGUCCCCUUCCGCCGCCGCCGGGGGUCGCCUCCUCCCGCUCGAAUCGCCAACCGCGACCGCGCCCGGCGGAGCAGAAGGCAAUGGCGACGGAGCUGCUCCCGGUGGUUGACCUCCGCGGGCUCUCGCAGUCCGACCUGGACUCGCUCGCCGCCGCCUCCGCGCACGCCCUCGCCCCGCGGAGCUGCCCCGACGCCGACCCCCUCCAGCCGCUCAAGAUAGAUCGCGCCGUCUUCAAUGAGAGCGCCGGCUCCCGGAAGCAGACCUUCUCCCGCCUCCGCCUCGGCGCCGCCUCCGCCCGCCCCACCUCCCCUUCCUCCGCCCCGCCGUCCUCCGCGCGAAACGACCCCGAUAGCGGCCUUGUCGCCUACCACCUACGCCGCCUCUUCGCUCCUGACGCCCCCUCCCUCCCGCUUCCUCCCGAGGCCCAAACCCUAGCCCUAAUCGAGAGCUCCCCUUCGCCGCCUCCCGACCCCGACCGAGAGACCACAAACUCCAAGGGUAUCUCCGUUGACCUGGUGAGGCUUGCGGGGAUGGUGGACCCGUACGACGCGGAGUUGCGGAAGCGGACGGCCGGGCUGCCGUCGGAGACCGAGCUGAUGGGGUUCAUUGGUAGCGUGGCGGGGAAGUGGGUGAGCCAGAGGCAGCGGAGGAAGUUUGUGGACGCGUCGUUCUUCGGGGAUCACCUCCCCAGCGGGUGGAAGCUGCUGCUCGGGCUCAAGAGGAAGGAGCGCAUGACCUGGGUGCACUGCUUCAGCUACGUGAGCCCCAAGGGAAAUCAAUUUGCUACUUGCAAAGAAGUUUCUGCAUACCUUAUGUCACUUCUUGGGUAUCCAGAGGCCAAAACAGUCACUAUUCAGUAUAACAGCACAGGACAACAUGACUUGUGUGCUGACCAUGGUGGUAAUGAUGCUGCAGGUUUUCAACAUCAAAUUGGUUCAAGAGUGGACAACCCAAAUGUAUUGCCAGUUACUUCUGUUUCUUUUUCCAGCUAUUCCGGUGAUUUAAAGGAUAAGGAUGAAAGGAAUGUAGACACUGUAAAUGUUUAUGAAUGCCAGAAAUGCAAUUUAACCUUUUGUGACCAGGCUUCCUAUACGCAACACCAUUUGUCAUCUCAUGAAAUCAGUGCUAAGAGGCGCAGGACUGGCAAAUUUGGUGAGCCAGUAGUAGGUAAAGAUGGGAAAUUUGAAUGCCCUGUAUGUCAUAAGACCUUUGCAGAGGAAUCGCGAUAUUUUGGUCAUGUUGGAGUGCAUGCAAGGUAUCAAGGAAUGACUCCUGAAGCAUUCUUAGAUAAUAUUUCUUCAGGAAAGGUAGAUAGAAGUUCUUCGGCAGAAAUUUCAUUUAGCCUUCAAGAGUUGACUGAAUCACCUGAACAGAACAGCAAGAUUUCUGCUGGUGAAGCAGGCUUUCAACAUCUCAGUGGUUCAAAUGAACAUGGUGGCAAUAGCUCUAAAGUUAAAGAGCUUUUUGGUACAAACUGUUUGGAUAAUUUCAAUGGGCCUAAUAAAGCUUGGCAUAGGCCUGAAGAGAUUCCUCCCAUUACAUAUCCUCCAAGUUCAUGUAAUGAAACAGUUUCAAAAAUAGCUUCUAACUCCAAUGGUCAUACUGAUGUCAGCCUUAAUGGCCUUUCUGAAGUGAAUGUUUUUAAUGAUCAAGCGGGAAGUCACCAUGUUUUCAGAACCAAUACUUUUGGAACCGCUAAUCCUUAUGAGGACCAGAUUAUUGAUCAUGGCAUGGCUGCUCCAAAGCACGGUGAGGUCAAUAAUUCUGUAAAAGCAAGAGAUGUCAACCUCAAUUCAUGCCUAGACAUCAACUGUGAAAACAUGGCGAGGUCAAUAUCUUUUCCUAUUGCCAGUGCAAACAAUGAAACAUCAACCGCCCUCAUUGAAGAUAAUCAAUCAUCCUUCACUGCAAAUUGCUUUAGUGGCAGUUUUAAUAGUAGUGGUGGUACAUCUGGCACUUCUUCCUGUCCUGCAUCAACCAAUAAAAUAAUAUCUUCCAUUGGCGUUAUGAACAAAACUUCUGUUACUGCCUCCACAUGCUUCAGUGCCAGUUAUGGGAACGAUAAUGGUGGUGGUAAAGCUAACUUUUUUGGCAACAAAGACAAUACAGUGGUGUAUCAGUCUAAUAUGGGCAUGCGAGAUGUCUCUCCUCUGGAAACUAAGGCAGAUUGUUUUACUUCCCAUUCAGGGCAUUCAAAAGACAGCGAUAACGAAUGUGCAUCCAAUACCAAGGAACAAAUGGAUAACAUCAAGAACAGAGCAAGUAAUGAAGCUGGAUUAGGUAUUGAAGCUUAUAAUAAUAAUGUCUUUGGUGGUGUUAGCCAUGAAAGGGGUUUUGCCCAGUUCAAUAACAGCUUUACUCACAUAAAACCCAAUGUUUCUAGCCAUUGCUCACUACCUGAAUCAAACACGCUGAAGAACUUGACCAAGGGAAGUGAUGUCAACUUCAUGAAGGGUUCUUUUGUUAAUAGACCCAUCAGCAACAAUGAAGCAAAUGUGUCUAUGCAUGAGGUGAUGGGAAAGUCUAGUAAUAAGAUGCAAAAUCGUUAUAAUGAUUGUGCUCCAGGUUGUGUCCCACUUGUUGCAGCUAGUACUAGUCAGAAUGCCAAUGGUCUUAUGUCCACACAGGAUAAUUUUGGUAGCAUAUCCUCUAUGGUUCAUUCUGCUGGUGAUAUUCCAAUGAGCAACACAACCCAAGAUCAGUGUGAUUUGCAACUUGGAUUUGGCGCCCAGAAGCAGCAAAUAUUUUCUGGUUAUGGAGAGCUUAGAUCGACCACUGCUAGAUCCCCUCAGCUGGGCAGCAUGCCCAGGAAUAAUUCUUUACCUACCGGAUCCUCACAGUUUGAGAACAUGGACAGGCCAAAUUCUUUCUCUACUGGAUCCUCUCAGUUUGGGAGCUUGACCAGGCCUAAUUUCGUGCCCACAUCAUUUCAGUUUGGGAUCAUGGCUAGACCUAAUUCUGUGCCUCCUGUUGAAUCCUCUCAGUUUGGGAGCAUGCCCAGACCUAAUUCUGUACCGCAGGCCAAAUCCUCACAACUUGGAAGCAUGGACAGACCUAAUUCUAUACCUCCUGCCAACUACUCACAAUUUGGAACCAUGGUGAGACCUAUUGCAUUACCUCCUGCUGAAUCCUCACAGUUUGGAAGCAUGCUCAGGCAAAAUUUUGUGAGCAGAACCGAGCCAACUCUAGUAUUGGGGUACGCACCACAGAUGGGAAAUGGCCCCCCAGUCCAGGUAGGAUGGGACCUGUCCUCAUCAAAGGUCACCGGGGGCAUGAUCACAUGCGUAUGUAUAUCGUGCAAUAGCCAGUUCCACCAUUUUGGCUCCGUUGAUGGACAGCAGCCUGUUUCUUUUGACUUAAUUUGCCCUGCAUGUAAAGAUAGGGUAUCUGGUCAUCGUAAUAUGCACAACAAUGGUCCAUGGUAGCCUUGAGAUACAGCGGCUGUUUGUUUAUCAUCUCUGUUGCUGAAUCUGAAGAAAUAUUUGUGUGGUUUUCUGUUCCCAUGUCUGUUGAGGGUUGCCAAUUACCUGCACUGGCCUGCGCCCAAGUUGAGUGGACUAUCAAGGGGUGAUGUAUGUAUUCGAAUUCAAUAGACUCCAUGUUAUGUUAAAAAUGUUAAGAUUAAUUUCAAGAGAAACCACUGUGUGAUGUGUAUUUUUGCAACGUUGGGUCUUGAGAGAAAAUGAAUGGUGAGGCCUGGUUGAGACUCAAA